AUGCGGGAAUACAAGAUCGUUGUCCUGGGUUCCGGUGGUGUCGGGAAGAGUGCCCUGACGGUCCAAUUUGUCCAAGGAAUCUUUGUUGAGAAGUAUGAUCCCACAAUUGAAGAUUCGUAUCGGAAACAGGUCGAAGUUGACGGGCAACAAUGCAUGUUGGAGAUCUUGGAUACAGCUGGAACUGUAAGGAAAUUUAUUAUAAUUUUUUUUUAUUUUUUUAGGUUUUAGAAGAAAUACACGUCUUUUUUGAACUUUUAGUUCUAGUUUUUUCACACAAAAUUAUGCCUUUACAUGAUUUUAUAUUUUUAGGUACCUAGUUUUAUGUUUUUGUAAUUGAUGGUUGAUUUUCAGGAACAAUUCACGGCUAUGAGAGAUCUUUACAUGAAGAAUGGACAAGGAUUUGUCCUUGUCUACUCGAUUACCGCACAGUCUACCUUCAAUGACCUUGUUGACCUUAGAGAUCAGAUCCUCAGGGUAAAAGAUACCGACGAUGUGAGUUUUGCAUCUUUUUCUAUGUGGUUUUUGCCUUUAGGAGGAGGAAUACAAAAUUCAUAAGAUGGAAGAAAGAAUCUCGAGUCAUAAAAUUGAAAUAUAUCGACCUUUUUCAGGUCCCCAUGAUUCUCGUCGGCAACAAAUGCGAUCUGGAGGAUGAACGUGUCGUCGGCAAAGACCAAGGCCACAAUCUGGCCCGUCAGUUCAACAGCGCCUUCCUGGAGACCUCAGCCAAAGCUAAAGUGAAUGUAAAUGAAGUCUUCCACGAUCUGGUCCGUCAAAUCAACCGCCGAUACCCAGAAGCGGGGCGAAACCGAAAUCAGAAGAAACAGUGCUGCAAGUGCAACAUUGUAUAG